AUGUUGGGCUCAGCAUACAAUGAUCAAGAUGUUCAAUGGUCACCCAUUGCUCGGGAACAUGAACUCGUCUUGAAGAUUAAAGAUCUGGAAGCGCUGCUAGAAUCAAAGUCGUUGGCGCUGCAACAGAAGUUGACAGAGUGGGAUGCAAAGUCACUGGAGGUUACAAGCCUGGAAGGGAAGCUUCAAGAAACUAUCAUUAGCCGGGGCAUGAUGAAGAAGGAAAGAGAUAUUGCCAUUGCGGAACGCGAUGUUGCUAUCCAGGCUACCGGCCAAGUGGAGCUAAAAUUACAGGAAUAUCGAGAAUAUUUCAGGUUGCACAAAAAGCUAAGCUUGUGCGAUUGA